CAUGAGCAACCAAGGUGGAGACUGCCUUAUAGACAGUUCCCUCCCCCACCUUGUCUCCUCUUGCAGCUCUUCUGUGCACCUGCCGUUAUUUUCAUCAGUAUGGACCUAAAAUUCAUCUGUUUGUUUUGGAUCAUCCUGUUUUCCCAGACUGGUCAAUCUCGUUCUGUUUUAGCUGCAGGAUCCCUGCAUUUAUUCAGAGCUUACUAUUUAGAGCUGACAUUGCGCCGUUAAAGCAGUAGGACACAGAAGGGUAACAAUGGCUUUGCCGGUACACCAUGCUCCAUCAGAGCUGCUUACUGCACCAGCGCAGCUUGCGCUGUCCUUCUGAACAUGAGACUGGCUGGUGGAGUGUCUUGCUCUAUGCUAAACUGCUUUGGCGAGGAAGGUCCUCCUAGCUUGGAAUACAUUCAGGCCAAGGACCUUUUCCCUCAUAAGGAGCUGGUGAAAGAAGAUGAGAGUCUGCAGGUUCCAUUUCCUGUUCUUCAGGGGGAAGGAGUAGAGUAUCUUGGACGUACUGAUGAUGCCAUUAUUGCAAUCUCAAACUACAGGCUACACAUCAAAUAUAAGGAUUCUAUUAUCAAUGUACCACUGAGGUUGAUUGAAAAUGUAGAGAGUCGGGAUAUGUUCCAGCUGCAUAUCAUUUGCAAAGAUUCCAAGCUUAUACGGUGCCAUUUUCCUACAUUUAAGCAGUGCCAGGAGUGGCUUAAGAAGCUGAAUCGAGCUACUCUUUAUCCAGCAAGAAUAGAAGACCUCUUUGCCUUUGCUUACCAUGCUUGGUGUCUUGGUGUCUGUGCUGAUGAUGAAGAUCAACAUGUCCAUCUUUGUCGCCCAGGAGAUCAUGUGCGACAUCGUUUUGAAAUGGAGCUUAUAAGAAUGGGAUUUGACCUGCAGAAUGCUUGGAGGGUGUCUGAUAUUAAUAACAAUUACAAGCUGUGUUGGAGUUAUCCUCAGAAAUUGUUGGUUCCUGUGUGGAUAACAGACAAAGAACUGGAAAGUAUUUCAUCCUUUCGAUCAUGGAAAAGAAUUCCAGUGGUGGUGUACAGACACCAACAAAAUGGGGCAGUCAUUGCACGCUGCAGUCAGCCAGAGAUCAGCUGGUGGGGCUGGCGAAACACAGAUGAUGAGUAUUUGGUUACAUCCAUUGCAAAAGCAUGUGCAUUAAAUCCGGGAUCAAAGUCCAGAUUCACCAGCAGUUCCAGGGCAAGAUGUGAGGGAAGUGAUCCUUCGGAAAGUGACUUUGACUCAUCUUUGACAGCUGGUCCUACAUCAGAAUCUGCUGGUACCCCACAAAAACUGCUAAUUCUGGAUGCACGGUCAUACACUGCUGCAGUCGCCAACAGGGCCAAAGGUGGUGGAUGUGAAUGCGAAGAAUAUUACCCUAAUUGUGAAGUGAUGUUCAUGGGCAUGGCUAAUAUCCACUCAAUAAGAAACAGCUUUCAGUCCCUCAGAGCUGUGUGCAGCCAGAUUCCUGAUCCUGGAAACUGGUUGUCAGCCCUGGAGAGCACCAAAUGGCUACAACACUUGUCUGUGAUGUUGAAGGCUGCAGUGCUAGUAUCUAAUGCAAUAGAGCGUGAAGGACGACCUGUGCUUGUACACUGUUCUGAUGGCUGGGACCGGACUCCACAGAUUGUUGCCCUUGCUAAGAUUUUACUGGAUCCUUUCUAUAGAACUAUUGAGGGGUUUCAAGUCCUUGUGGAAACAGAGUGGCUGGAUUUCGGGCACAAGUUUGGAGAUCGCUGUGGACACCAAGAGAACUCUGAUGAUCUGAGUGAGCAGUGCCCUGUAUUUCUGCAGUGGCUGGACUGCAUUCAUCAGCUUCUCAAACAAUUUCCCUGUUUGUUUGAGUUCAAUGAAGCUUUCUUGGUCAAGCUUGUUCAACAUACUUAUUCCUGUCUCUAUGGGACGUUCUUGUGCAAUAAUGCGCGUGAGAGAGAAGCACGAAACACUUAUAAUCGCACUUGCUCAGUAUGGUCUCUUCUUCGCCCAGGAAACAAAAAUUUUCAAAACUUUCUAUAUAUCCCUGGUCAUGAUGUGGUUCUACAGCCUGUUUGCCAUGUGCGAGCUCUUCACCUGUGGACAGCUGUGUAUCUUCCCACCUCCUCUCCUUGCACUGCUGCUGAAGAAAACAUUGAUGCCUACCUGUCACCUGAAGAACAAAGUGAAGACUUAACUUCACGGUCACUGGACAGGCUUCCCAAAACAAGGUCAAUGGAUAAUCUUGUGACUGCCUCUGAAAAUGGCACUACCUUGGCUCGCACCUCAAGUGAUCCAAACUUAAAUAAGCACUGCCAGGAAGAAGAACACGCUAUUCUUGAACAAAAGGCUGAGCCAUUAGAAACCACCAAGGACAUUCCAGAAGGCACCACUUUGUUAAAUGAGGAAUACAGCAGUAUCAAACACAAAGAGAGACUGACUUUGCCUUCUGGUGACUGUCAAAAAGUUGAUGGAAACCAAGAAGAAGUUAGUGAUGAAAACUUUAACUCACUCAAGGGAUGUUGUUCAAAUGUACCCUUUUUGUCAAAUCCGGACUGUGUUGUGCAUAGUGAUGUUUCAAGUUUUACAAAUGCAAAUUCAGAGCAAGCCGAAGAUACUGUAGAGGAAACAGAGACAUUUGACAAGAGUUCAUUGUGCCAAGUAUUGCCCGAGGACAAAGAACAAAGUAACUGGACAUCAGAAAAUACAAAGCCAUGUUCCUUACAUACAUGUGUACAAGUAUCAAAAAGUAGGCAUGAAACUGACUGUAAAGAAAAUGUUUUUGCUCCUACUGCAGUAGAACUACUUAGAAUAAAAGCUGCAUCUGUAGAGCUGGAAGAUUCUACAGAAACACUAACAGAACAUAGGAUCCUAGAAGAAACAUGCCAUAAGAGGCCUUUGCUUUUAAAAAGCAAUGGACUGUCUUCAAAUGCUGACUAUAACUGUAUAGAGGUUUCUCGCUUGGGCAGGGCACAUUCUGACACUGCAAAGGCUGUGAGAAAGUUCAUUUCUCAAAGCCAGUUCAGUGAAUUUUCAGUGCUGGGGUCCAACUGGGAGAGCAUGCAAGGUUUAGUAAAGUCUGCUUACAAUGGAGAAUCAUUGAUGAGGAGAGGUUUUCCUCCAGGCUACCAAAAUAGAAGGUUAACCAGCAAGCUUUUACGUGCCCAGGGUCUAGCAUCCCUUAGUGGGCAAAGUUGUCAGAAAGAAAUCCUACGCCAGAUGAACCAGACCCACACCAGCUGGUUUUCCGGGGGAUCUGCAAUGAAGAAUGUAGGGUAUAUGACACUAUCCAACUCAAGGCAACUUCCUCCUCCUCUUCCUCCUGGGAAGCAGAUAUUGACUGGCAUGUUGUCACCCUGCCUUAGCUACCUGGAUGAUGAUGGACUUUCUGUUCCAGUGGAUGCAGUGCAGCAACGGUUGAGGCAAAUUGAAGCCAGCUACAAACAAGAAGUAGAACUACUGCGGGGACAGGUCAGGGAACUUCAGAUGAGACUUGAGAGCAAGCAGUGCUGUAUGCCCCCAGCUGAACCAGAUGUUGAUUAUGAGGAUGACUUUACUUGUCUACGGGAAUCCGAUGACAGCGAUGUAGAAGAUUCACUCUCGGUUCAUAGUGAUGACCGAUUGUCUGAGGCCAGCUGGGAACCUGUUGAACAGAAGGACACAGAGGUAACUCGCUGGGUUCCAGACCACAUGGCCUCACAUUGCUUUAGCUGCGACUCUGAAUUCUGGUUAGCCAAGCGUCGCCAUCAUUGCAGGAAUUGUGGAAAUGUGUUCUGUGGAAGCUGCUGCCACCUAAAACAGCCCAUUCCUGAGCAGCAGCUCUAUGACCCUGUGCUGGUCUGUAACUCGUGCUUUGACCAGAUCCAAGUAUCCAAGGCCCGGGAAAUCAUGAGCCAACAGCUGAAAAAGGCAAUCACCACUGCCUCAAGCUGAAAAAGGACACAAACAAUUUGAAUGGGUUUAAGUCAGCAGACCAGUUAAAACAUGAAUGACCACCUCUGUGGCUUUAGCCCACGAGAGAGUCUAGGAUGAGAAGGUCUUCAUUUUUGCCCCCUCCUGGUCAGGUUUGAGCCAAAUUUGAUGGACAACUAUGCAAGAAAGUGAGAGAUGGGAAGUUGCUUUUGUGCUAAUGCCCAAACAACCUCAGCGAAAGUGUCUUUAGGUAGAAUUACUGCAUUCUGGGAUGCUGGGCAGGUUCACUUGAGAUCUGGUCUCUGCUGGAAUAUGACCACAGCCGUAAUCUUAAUCUAUGCAUCCAGAGCUGUGCAUCCUGCAAGACUUAUUGAAAUGGAGGCAGGGUGGGGGGGUGUUGGGUUGGGGUGCACUGACCUUAAACCGUAUAUCAGAGGCUUAAUAUUUAAAAAUGCUGCUACAGUAUGUGAACUUCUUUGUGCACUAAAAGCUGUUGUAAAUUUGAUAGGGUUAGGGAUUGGGAUGGAGCAUUCUUGAAAGGGAUUCAAGAGGGGGUCUGGAUACUGGACAGAGACCAAACAACAAAAAAAAACACAAUGGACAAUGGACAACUCCAUUACUGCUGCUGUGCUGUGUUUUUUGUUUUUUUUUUUAUUUGGGGGGAAAUCUGUUAGAGCCUGAAUGUAAUGUCUAAAUACAUGAGAGCAAACAACACUGUGCAAAUGUUGGUAAGUUGUUGGUCAGAUCAGUGGGGAAAAAGUCCUUGGCAUAUAAUCUUCACAAGUUUUCAAAAUGUACACUUCUGGAUAAUACUUUUUUUGCUCUUUCUGUCUGAAAGUGCUGUCAGAAAGAGAUGUAUGUUUUGAAUUGCACUGGUCAUCUAACACAGUUUGGAGUCAGUGGGGGGCGGUUGGGUUUAGUGUAACUAACUGCUGUUGGGGGAAUUAUGUACUACCAAUCCUGUACAUUAUGUGAGAAAAUAAAUGUUAGAUGCACCUAUCCAUGGAUAAAUUUAAUGUAUCACACAAGGUAAAGCAACUGUAUGUGUAUACCUUAAAUAAAAAGGGCCUGCAGAUGCGAAA